UAUCUGCCAAGCUGUGAUUGACGCAUCAUAUCAGAAUUUAUUCACAGCACAUAUUAACUGGAAUUAUUUUAUCUGAGAAUACUAUUUUGGAUGUUCGUUCAUUACAUUGAAAGGUAGAGUGAUUGCGAAAUUGAAACCUUGACAUAUGAAACUGGACAGUUUUGUUUUCUUAACAUCAUUUGCGAAUUUAUUUUGCCUUUUGAAAAGUUCUAUAACGAUUCGAGGAUCUAACGGGGAUUAAACCAACAGCUCUACUGUAACUCCUGGUCAUGCUUAUCAUUGGACGGAUUUGGACGUAAUCAUGGAAAAUUGGCGGGGGUCUGUUCUGUGUAUUCUAAUUUUGUCAAGUUUAUCGCUGACUUCGUCCCAAACACACGAAAUGGUGUGCCUUGGUACCAACAAUGGCCUGACCUACACCCAAUAUGACAUAGUAAAGAACCUCUACACAGGCUGUGAGAUUGUCAUGGGUAACCUGGAGAUCACCUUUAUAGAAAACUACGAGGACUUCUCCUUCCUAAGGACUAUUAGAGAGGUAACAGGUUAUGUCCUUAUCGCCGGAAACCACUUCACCCAACUGCCCCUGGAACAGCUGCGUGUGAUCAGGGGCAACAGCCUGUAUGAAGGACGGUUUGCCCUCUAUGUGAUACUCAACUUCCCCAAAGGGGGCUCCAAUGGCCUGAAGUACCUGGGACUCACACAUCUUACUGAGAUUCUGGAGGGGGGUGUCCUGAUUUCCAAUAACACUUCCCUGAGUUAUGGUCCCUACGUGAACUGGGAAGAUAUUGUGAGAGACAAGAACAGGACCAAGGUUCCCAUUGAAAUAAAAGACAACAAGGAGAGAGGGCCUUGCCAGCCGUCCUGUAACGACCUCUGCUGGGGCCCCGAUAAAGAACACUGCCAGAUCUUGACUAAGAUGGUGUGUGCGCCCCAGUGCACCGGACGCUGUUUCGGGACGAGCCCCCGGGACUGUUGUCACGUUGAGUGUGCAGGGGGCUGCAACGGGCCGACGAAUAUGGACUGCUUUGCAUGUGUUCACGUCAACGACUCAGGUUCCUGUGUGCUCCAGUGUCCCCAUACUCGCAUCUACAACAGGCACACAUUCCAGAUGGAAACCAACCCCAACGCCAAGUACCAGUAUGGAUCCAUCUGUGUCUCCCACUGCCCUGUCAACUAUCUGGUGGACGAUGGCUCCUGUGUGAGUGUCUGUUCCCAAGGCAAGAAGGAGGUUGAGAGGGUUGGUUGGAAGCAGUGUGAGCCCUGUGGAGGUCUGUGCCCCAAAGCCUGUAAGGGCACAGAACCAAACAAAUGGGUCGACUCCGAAAACAUCGACAGCUUCAUCAACUGCACCAAAAUACAAGGACACCUGCACUUUCUGCGCAUUGGGAUUGAUGGUGACGACUACAAAAAAAUCCCCAAACUGGACCCUAAAAAGCUGGAGUUCUUCCGUUCUGUCCAGGAGAUUACAGGUAUCCUAAGCGUCGAGGCGUGGGUGAAAGAUCUGCCAGAUUUGUCGGUGUUCUCCAAUCUCACCACCAUAAGAGGAAGAUCUCUCCAAAAUUCAAAGAGACCGUUGUCUCUGAUAGUCAUAGGAACGUCCAUCACCUCUCUGGGUCUGCGUUCCCUGAGAGAGAUCAGUGAUGGCAAUGUGUUUGUCAGCAACAACGCCAACUUGUGUUAUGUCAAGAAAAUGGACUGGACGCCCCUGUUCAAAGGGCGCUCCGCAGUCCUCACUGACAUUAAGAACAACAGGAACGAGACGGAGUGUGUGGAGGAGGGCCAUGUUUGUGAUCCGCUGUGUUCAGAUUAUGGCUGUUGGGGCCCCAGACCUGACCAGUGUCUCUCCUGCAGGAACCACAGCCGAGGGUCAGCCUGUGUGGCUCACUGCAACUUCCACACAGGCAUGCCCAGGGAGUUUUCGGGCCCGAAGGGGGAGUGUGUCGCCUGCCACUCAGAGUGUCAACCACAGGAGGGAAGGAGCAGCUGCAGUGGACAGGGAUCUGAUGAGUGUGUGGCGUGUGUCAGUCUGAGGGACGGCCCCCACUGCGUCCCGUCCUGCCCCAGCGGGGUGAUUGGAGAAGGGAGGCAGUUUAUCUUCAAAUACCCCAACAAAGAUGGCUACUGUCAGCCGUGCCAUGUCAACUGCACACAGGGGUGUUCGGGUCCAGGGUUGAGUGACUGUAUUGACAACACGAGACACUCCACUAGCCCUCAGAUAACAGGGAUAGCUUUGGGAGUGCCGGCGGGCCUCAUCAUGGCCCUGGUGGUGUUUGUGUUGGGCUUGCUGUACCACCGCGGCCUGGCAAUCCGCAGGAAGAGAGCCAUGCGCAGGUAUCUGGAGAGUGCUGAGAGCUUUGAUCCCCUGGAGCCGGGAGAGAAAGGAGCCAAAGUUCACGCUCGGAUCCUGAGGGCUCCGGAGCUGAAAAAGGUCAAGGCCCUGGGAUCUGGAGCGUUUGGCUCCGUCCACAAAGGCGUCUGGAUCCCUGAAGGAGACUCCGUAAAAAUCCCUGUGGCCAUCAAGACCAUCCAGGAUCGCACGGGCAGACAGACCUUCAAUGAGAUCACCGAUCACAUGUUGUCUAUGGGUCGUCUGGACCACCCUUACAUUGUCCGGUUGCUAGGUAUCUGCCCCGGGGACAGCCUCCAGCUGGUCACCCAGUUCAGCGGCCAGGGCUCCUUACUGGACCACCUCAGGCAGCACAAACACAGCCUGGACCCCAAAAGACUCCUCAACUGGUGUGUGCAAAUUGCCAAGGGCAUGUACUACCUAGAGGAGCACUGUAUGGUACACAGGAACCUGGCCGCGAGGAACGUGAUGCUGAAGAGUGACUAUCUGGUUCAGAUUUCUGACUACGGCGUGGCUGACCUGCUUUAUCCUGAUGACAAGAAAUACGUCUACAGUGACAGCAACAAGACUCCCAUCAACAUAAAGUGGAUGGCCCUGGAGAGUGUCCUGUUCAGAAGAUAUACUCAUCAGAGUGAUGUCUGGAGUUACGGAGUGACAGUGUGGGAAAUGAUGUCAUUUGGGGCGGAGCCCUAUUCCUCUCUGCAGCCUCAGGACGUGCCUAGUCUACUGGAGAAGGGAGAGCGCCUCGCCCAACCCCACAUCUGCACUAUAGAUGUCUACAUGGUCAUGGUCAAGUGCUGGAUGAUAGACGAGAACAUCCGACCUACAUUCUCAGAAUUGGCCGGUGACUUCAUUCGCAUGGCAAGAGACCCGCCUCGCUACCUUGUUAUCAAUGACAGGGAGGACGGCCCAGAAGAAUCACACCAACGGGAAUCAGCGCUGGCCAAGUUGGAGACAGGGCUGGAGGACCAGGAUGAGGAGGGCUUUGAGGACAGUCUGGACACUCCUCCUCUCCAGUUGUCCCCAUCAAAGGCUCUGUCUCGCUCCAGGAUUAGUUCAUAUCGGAGCACCAGUGCCACCUCUCAGGCUGGACCAGCGUACCUCCCCAUGACCCCGGGCCCUGGAGAUCACUGUCAGCGGUCUCGCCUGAACACCGCCCGGACGCUGUCGGAGGGUUCGGAGAGCAGGGGGAGUGUCCUGGACACUGAGCUGAGUGAGGGAGUGUCAUUCAGUGGCAGCUUGCACAGACAGCCUUCCAGAGCUGGUAGGAUGAGCAGCAGCAGUACCCACCACCCCUCCAUCCUCAUGCUACAGAGGAACAUGUCCCCAGUCUCGGAUCGCCAGACCUUCAAUGCACCAGAGACAGGAGAUGACGAGGAGCAAGAUCACUAUGGCUAUGUGUUGCCGGGGGCAUCAGGUACUCCAGAGAGAGAUUCCCUGCUGUCUCGCCAACCUUCCAGAACCUCCCACCCGAGGAGCUCCAACAAUCCUCUGUCAUCGUUGGCCACGACCCCGGACCAAGCAGAGGACUAUGAGCUAAUGACCAAACCACCAGCCCCUCGGCCCCACUCUCCCAGAAGCACCUCUGCACAGAUUAACAGGCCUUCAGCCGUGGGACGGAGAAAGAAAUCUUCUCCUUCACUGCCUGUAACCAACAAUACAGGACCCUCGCCACUAGAGGGCGACAACACAGUGUGUGGGACCUCACAGGUGUCUCGGUUAGGCACUGCAACCAGCUCCGGUGGAAGCCAGGGUUCAGAAGAGGGCCCUUAUAUUGCUGUGAACGGAGAAGCAGAGGAAGAGAGGAUGCAGCUUCUGGAAGAGAGGACUGAGAGUAGAGUGGCCUCACCGGGAGCCGUGGAGUAUGAAUUCAUGGAUCUGCAGAGCACCACCAAGACAGCAGACAGACAGAGACCCAUCUGGGAGAGGAGAGAAAGCAGAGUAGCUGACUUAAGGUGUGCAGGGGCAGCAGAAGGAGAGAGAGAAGAUGAAAACACUCUGGCAUUUGCGGGGGAUGGUGAGAGAAAAGUUGGCGGAGACGAGGAGGGCGAUGUUUGCCAGUAUACUAAUAACCAACAUAGACUCCUAAGAGAAUGCCCCAAGCCAAGCAUCCGCCCCAAACCCAGCCUCCUGCCCAAGCCCAGCCUUAGCCCCAAGCCCAGCCGAAAAACCGGCCUCAGCCCCAAACCCAGCCUCAGCCCCAAACCCAGCCUCAGCCCCAGCCUCAGCCCCAGCCCCAGGCCCAGCCUCAGCCCCAAGCCCAGCCCCGGGCCAGACACCUCCACAGCUGUGGUAGACAGUCAAGUGGAGGCUGAGUAUGAGGAGAUGUAUGGCUUUACAGGGGGCUCCAGGCAAGCGGACCAACAGGCAGACUACCAGAACCUCCCAGCCCCAGGGAGAGACAGGGCCACCUCAGCUGAGGACGGGAUCAGGGGAAGCAGGUGUGCUGGGCUGGGGAUUGGGGAGUACAUCAAAGUAUGCUCUGGCGCAGGAGUGGGAGAGCCAGGCAACAACAAAUCGUUUGACAACCCUGACUACUGGCACAGCAGACAGUUCCUCAAGUCAGACGCCCUGCGCACAUAACGAUGUGGACUGAGGAGACGAUGACAACAACCACGACAAAGCAAUCACUGCAAGAAAUGUAAUCAUGUGACCGUCUCCAGGGCUGCACAACCACAAUGUAGUAGGAUUUUAUCAGAACGUUGAAAGGCUUGUUUGUAAUCUUAGUGCACUGCAUGUUCUCAUUGAAAUCAUUCCAACUAAAACCUUAAGAAAUAUAUGUCCUAUGUAGCGAUGACGUCAUCUUUAAGGUUUAUAGUAACGUGUCAGUGUAAGAAAUGCAACCAAGUAGGCAGCUCUGUAUUAAUCAAAGACAGAUGGAACAGGAAAACGUGCACAAGGCAAAUAGGACACGGGAAAGUAACACAAAGCAUUGAUACUCUAAGCACUAAGGACCCAUAAAGUAGAUACAAAGGGCCAUUGUACACACACAUCAAGGUGGCAUGAAACGUCAGUGUUUGCAAUUCAAGACAUUCCACUUCCUGGUGAAGCCGAUGUUUACCACUGUAAAGGUUAGCUGGUGCCAUGUAAUAUAAAGGCAUUUUACUCAUUA